CAAACUAUUGCACGAUGGAUGAAAUUUCGGAGGAAGAUAGAAAGAGAAAUGAACAAAGAUAAAAAAAACACAAAAUUUAAAUUGAAAAAUGCAAGGAUACAACAGUAGUUACUUAAUUAGUUUCUUCCAUGUUGGCCAAUUACCCAUUUACCUUUAGCAAAAAUUAAGGAGAGAGCGAGAAUUUAAAAUUGAGAAAAUUACAUGAAACUCUACUAUGAAAAUAGAAGUAUCAAGCUCGAUAAAAAUACAUACGAUAGACUUACCGAGCUUGCUAAUUAUGAUGAAAAAGUCCUCUGAUUUUCAGAGAUUAACUUUGUCUAUUUUUUGUAUAAAAAUGGAUGCAUUAAAUUUGUUUAGUGUAACUGGUUGUGAUUGUUAUCUUUGUUUGAAGAGACCCGGGUUCAAAUCUUGAUAUUGCUAUUUUUAUAUGAAAUAAAUAAUAAAUGUGUAAAGACAAAAAUGACCUUCCUACUUUCACUCUCGUUGCAGGAAAUUUGAAAUGGAGAAAAAUACACAAAACUCUACCAUAUAUUAAUGGAGGAUUGACCCUAAGGUUACUGAUCGGAUAUGCUCCUUCAGUUAAACAAAGUAACCAUGUUUAUCGAAGUGGUAGACGAUCAACCAGUUAAACCGAUCACCGACUAUCAAGCCCAUGAAUUAAUGUGCUAAAUCCUUGGUUCUGACUUCUGACCCCCCUGAUCCGAUUGGAUUUGUGCCUCCAAGCUCAUGGACUUUUUUUCCCCGGUAAUUAGUGGUUUCCAUUAAAGCUCACUCGAUGCAAACAGCAUGAGUCGAAAAAAUACAAGACAGCAAAGAACUGCCAACAGCAAACUCCCUCAGAAAAUAGAAACUAGCUAUUGGGGAGAGAUAAUCCUAUACAGCUCUGGAAUUCUCUGAAUCAAAGCCUGGAACUCUAUAUUACCAUUGCUAAACAAACACAUUUCCUCCCUUGUAAGCGAGGCCAGCAACUCAGGUUGUUUCAUAGUAGUCCCAAAUACCCUGUUGCAACGUUCACGCCAGUUGGAUGCAAUAGUCCAACACCAAAUGGCACACAGCUCAUGGGCUUUUACAGACUGGAGCUAGCAGGAUAAUUUUUCUUCGGCCUAAUACCUGCCUUAGUUGGGCCGGAGCCCAAAAAUGCAUUUAGUUUUCUUUCCCUCCUCCCACUUUGUCUCUUUCAGUUUCCGCUGACCUCAGCGAACACCACGUGAGCCGCGAUAGCCACGUGUCAUGUGACUCAUCUCACACCUCCCGUAGUAAAACGGCGCCGUCCUUCCCCUACUUUCCUCCACGAGCACGUCAGCCAAUUUCCCAAAUUACUUAACCAAACCCUAAAUCGGCACAAAGUUUAAUAAAAUCACCUCACGGGUCACGGCCCCUUCCCUUCGCGUCUCCGGUCGCCGGCGGUCAGCCUGAAAGAGCGAGAACAAGACCCCCAAAUUCCCGUCCCCACAAAACCGGGGAAAAAAGGCAGUAGAUGUCGAAAACCCGCGCCCUCACUAAACGCUAGCUAGCUUUCCGAAUCGCCUUUCUCGAGUCUCAACUGCCCUCCUUUUUUCCUCUUCCCCUCGACGGUGGCCCGAUGGAGAGGAGCAGCGAGCCCCGCCAGCCGUAUCCCGCCGGAGAAGAAGGCAGAGGCGCCGGCGGCAAGCUCAGGAAGCGUACCGCGAGGAGAGCUGCUACGCCUUAUGCUCGGCCGCAGCAGAGCUUAGCACAGCGCACGCGGCCGUGGCUCUCGAAGCUCGCUAACCUAGUUUUGCCCAGCUACUUCUCUCAAUCGGGCAAUGCCCUCCCAGCUCCUCCUGCUGCUGAACGAGGAGUUGGAGAUGAAGAAGAAGAAGAAGAGGAUCACGGUGAGUCUGGCAAUCAGGUUGAAGAAAAUGUCGGAAGGGAUGAAAUCAGUUUGUCAUUCAAUCAUCUGGGUUCGGGAUCAACUGAACUUGGUGGCACUAAUGAAGUCACCAAUGAAUUAAAUUCUCGUCCAGAGAUUGAAAGAGUUGAAGAACAGCAUACAGUGAACACUUCUGAUCUUGAUGGGGUUUCGGCAAUCGAGCAGUUACUGAUGAACAAAAAGUUUUCUAGGGAUGAAGUCAAUCGGUUGAUUGAGAUAAUUCACUCAAGGGCUGCUAAUUCUCCCAACAAGGAGGAAGAGAAGCAGCAUUCUGGUAUGUUUGGGCGGGAUGCUGGACCUUCGGCUUUCCUUGAAGAUUCACAAAGGUGCAGAGAAGCUGAGAAGAAGCACACGAGUUCAAUUACACAAGGCAUUUUCCAGCCUGCAGCUUGGGCUGAAACUUCAAGAAAGUCUACUGAAGUACAACAUGAAGAUACGAACAGAACAACUUGGGGAGGCUCAACUCCUCUUAUCCAGUCGACUGUUGAAGAUGAAGUUGGUGCUUCACCAAUCCAAAUUGCCAAAGCGUACAUGCAAAAACGGACAUCAGGAUUAGGAUUAGAGGAUGCAGCUGUAAAAGAUGAAGGGCCUUCUUCUCGUGGAGAUGAGAUGGCACUACAACCAUUUACCCCUUCAUCUUUUAUUAGGCCGUCACCAUGCUGGCCAGGUGCCAGGGUGCGAGAUCAGAAUGAGUAUGCUGCACCCCUCAGCCAAAGCGGGAGAUUCGGGCUCCAAAGUUUUCCUAGGACCCCUUAUUCUAGAGCUAUUGCCUCAAAAUCAAAGUCCAAGCUGAUUCAAUUGCAAGGGAGCAGUAGAAGAUCCCUGAACAUGCCGUCAACUCCAUUUCAGCCGCCUCAAUCAUCAACUUUUGGGCAGUUCAGUUCAAGGGAGAGGAAGUUGGAUAUUGGUGAAGGAUCUGUAGGACCUAUCCGAAGAACAAGAAGGCAGGGUGCUGCUGUAGAGCUUUCAGCUAGAGGAUCUCCAUUUGUCAGGCCAUCUGUGGAUACUCCUAAAGUUGAAAACAUCAAUGUGCCAGAGGGGAUAUUUUCCGCUUGGAAGAAAGACUCAGAAACAGGAAGAAAGCCUCAUUCCGAAGUCAGUACUCCUACCAUUCCUUCACAUUCUAGCCAGGUAGCUCGCAAGAUUUUGGAGCAUCUGGACAGAAACCCAGUUACUCCAAAGCAAAAGUCUGAUGAAUUAAGGCUCACCACUUCAUGGAAGAAGCCUGAGUCUUCUUCUGACAUAACUGCUUUCACGCCACUCAAGCAUAAUAGAUUGCCUCAAUUUGGGAUUCUGGAUUCAUCAGGAAAUUCUUAUCAGGCUGAUAAUAAAAAGAAGUCUUUACAUUGGAGUGAAGAUAGAGGGAAGUCCCUUUUCAAGGAUCCUCAGGAGACCACUAAUGAUGUGAAUGGAAAAUCUUCUGCCCCUGGCAUAACAAUUGGCAGUAAUGCUGUUGAUCCCGGGCCUUCACAAGUUCUAAAGAAAAAUGUGGAUUCAGAAAUCGUGAAAGCGAAUGAGGUUUCAGGUCUACAAAAGAAGCCUCCAGCACAUUCUUCAGGGACUAGACCAGUUCUGUCCUCUAUCGCCAUUGGAAAGCGUGAACAGAAGUGGGCGUCUUCUGAUGGCAACGCGAGUUUUAGUUUCCAAGUUCCCGCAUCAUCUACGGGCGUGUUCUCCGAGCCUCCGACUCCCUCCAUGCCAUCUUCCUCUGCAAACGGUCUGCAUCAGCCGGAAGCUGAUGAACAGUCAAUCCCUACCUACAGCUUUGGCUCAAACAAGGGCCCUAAUUCUGCCCUUGUUUUCUCUUUCCCUUCAACGAGCAGCAGCAGCAGCUCCUUACCAGAUGGGACAUCAGAUCUGAAAUUCAAGUUUGGAUCAGACAAGAGCAGUAGGGUUUCUUUCAGCUCCAUAGGGAAAGACUCUGUGUGCUACUGAGAAAUUCAAUUUGAUGUUCCUAGGACCCUUCUUUUUGUGUACUUUCCAACUUCCUCUCUCCCCCCACAGUUACUCUUCCAGUUUUGUGAGAAGAAACUAGAAAGUGGUAUCUUGAUGCUCUAUGGCUCAUUCGUAUCCUGAUUUGGUGGGAGAAAAAGUCUUUCUGAAUGGCUCAUCUGUGUAACUCUGGUAGUAAUAAGAUGAAUGCAAAUUUGGCCAUCUUGGGUAAGAGGCUGUCUUGGGUGGAAGAAAUGAGUUGCUUGCUAGUUUCCUUUUUCUUGUAUUUAUCUCGAACAAUAUCCACGAGAAAGGAAAUUCAAUUUCUGCAGGAAGCAAAAGCAUGUGAUUGAUUGAUGCCAUAUAUUGGAAUCAUGUGCAGUAGGGUUUGGUUGGUGGCUUCCAUUCCCAUUAUGGGAGAGGAGAACCAACUUUCAUACAUGGGUCUUUUCUUUAUCUCUCUGCUUUGGAUGCCAACUUGAAAGGACAGGAUUGAUAUGGUUGCAGGAGAUGGUGUUUUUCAAGCUUUGGUAGGCUUUUUACAUUAUGGAUCCCACUUCAAAAGGAGAAUGAUCAUUGAAUGGAUGAAAAUGGACAAUCUCAGAUAUGCUUGAAGGGGUGGAAAUUUUUUGCAGUGGGCUCUCCUUUUUGGUUUUGAUGGAUUGUUGUUGGCGAAGAGAAAGAGCCAUUAUAAAAGAGCAGAGAGUGUGAUAGGGAUUGGUGAGAGAGGGAACAUAAAUAAUAGGUUGGCAAUAAGUCGGGUUGAGUCGGGUUUUGUCAAAUCCAAAUUCAUGUCAUUAUUCCUAAAAAAUAAACAACAAGAUAAAACUCACUGGGUUUGGAAAACUCAAACUCACCCCAAUUUGCUGGAUAUCUGCGGAUUUAUGAGUACCCAUGGGUUUGCCGGAACAGUACGGUUUUGCUAAAUACCGGUUCUAACUUCAAAGUUGGCGGAUUGCCAAUAGCUUGAGCCUCUGGUGUGUAGUGCAUAAGCUCAAACUCCGAAGCAAGUUGGAAUGAAAUGACAGAGCCAUAAACAAAACAACGCCAAUUAAGUAGAAAAAAAGAAAAGAAACCCACCAUUGAAUGCGUUUUCCAGACAGACAUGAAGUUGACGUUUCAGAUUCCGAUUGUCAGAAACUCGCCUUUUUUCUACAUUUUUCUUCUUGGCCAUGGCCGUCCAUGCAUAUGAUCGAUCAGCCAGCCAACGCAGCGGCAGCAGCAGCUUUUUUUGCUAGAUGCUGCUGUCUGCUCUUCAUUCAUGCCCACCAAGCCCUAGCAAAAUUUGGAGGAGCAUGCAUUUUUUUUUAUAUAGUAAGAAAGUACACAUGUACUCUACAGUCUACACCCCUCUCUCAACUUUUAAAAUCAAAAGCCCUCAUGCUUUCUUUUGGUGGUAGAAACUUAACCAGCAUCUUGCUACAGGGAUUAUUGGCUCGAUGGGAUCUAGCAUAGAUGCUUUGUUUCUUCUCGGUUCGUCAACCCAUGAUCGAAAAAUUUCGGAUGGUUUUCGCUAUAUAUAAUUCUUCGAAAUCUAAUAGUCCCGCGCGACAAACUACUCUUCGGUCCGUUUCGCGAGCAUCUCAUCGUUACUCUUCUUAAUGUCAAACCUCAUUCACAUCAUAUCGGACCUUGUUUAUGAAACGAUAUGGAACAUACAAUUUCAAGAAUAAUGAUGAAUUGAUGAUGUCAGUUACUAUAUAUAUGAGAUUAGGGUCAUCAUCAUCCGCUCCUUUAGUCAACUGUUCAUGAUGAUGUAGGAUAUAAUUUUGUAUCGAAAGGUAGAACAACUAAUCAGACCGAACGAGAAAAUCAACUUAGAUCACAUACAUUCAUCCCAAGCAAAUACACAUUCAUGCCCUAAUUUAUAGAGCUUUUUUUUACAUUGAAUUUACAUUUUCAGCCCCUAACAUGUACACAUUUUUUUUGGGAUGAAUAAGACCCAACUUUUCUUUCAUCCACAAACAAGACUACUAAACUUUCUUUCCAUAUUGUUUGUGAAAGGAUUACAGAAAAAAGCCAUUAUAUCCGUAUAAAAGCAAGGAAACAAAUUAUAGCCUUUGCUCUUUUACACUUUUUUCUUUCUUUUCUAGGCAUAUACAAAUGAAACCCCCACUAUGAAAAGAGAAAAGUUCAUAAGUGAAACCAUGGUAGAUUUUGACCAAGGCAAUUGGAACAGCAAACCCUAUCCUUAAAAUACUUCUAGCUUGUUAGAGGGCUUUGGCAGGAUGACCAUAAUCAUCAAUAAAGUAAAGGGGAAAAAGAAGUCACAUAUUUGCACGAUUCACUAAUACAAUACGUAUAGUCCAAUCACGUACGAGAAAGACCAGUUUCACAUUGUUGACCAGAACACAUAUAACUGGAGACCUCCAUCAUCAUCAUAGCAAUACUACUUGUUAGCAUUGAGACUUAACCAGUUAGUCAGUUACCAACCAACUAGCUAAGCUAGUGCCCUAUCUCAAACCAUAAUGCCCUUCUUUAAUCUAGUGAUCAUGAUGAUAUGUGUAUAUAUAUGGCUACCCCAUUUGGCAGGAGGCCAAAGAGAUUGAGCAGGAAGUGAGUGGUAGACAGGCUAAGUCUUUAACUUUUUGGUAGAUAUAUAUAUGGCUACCACCUUUUGUUAUCAUCGUAUACAAAUAACCACCGAUUACAUUCGAUAUAUCACGAAAGGAUAAAGCAAACUGGAAAGAUGUCUGACCAUGUCAAACACGACUGGAAACUCCGUAUGUCGUAUGACGUAUCUCCUAUAAAGCAUUGUAUAUUGUGUCGUUUUAGACUUGUCUCGUAAGAUUCAAGGUACCCGAAAUCAAGAUGACGGGGAAAAAAUCUCAAAUUUUGAUGAGUAUAACUAGUUGGAAUAUGCUAUAUCGUGGCUAACAUUAAUAAGACAAUUUAGCAACCAAUCACUUUCUUUGUCCCUCGUAGACAUUGCAAAUGACACACAUGUAUGUCGAUUCAUAUUAAAUGUGUUCAAUUUGGAUUAUGUGGUUCUUGUGAAAUGUGCAAUCCCUAGAUGACCAACUAUAGUUGGGACCAUGUCACAUCCACAUACACACAUUCAUAUUUAUAUACGUGGAAAUUAGCCUUCUUGUAUUAUCUUCAUAAUUAAUGUUGUCAAUAUGUAUCUUGUGGUCCAAUUUGUGAUCUUAAAUAUGUCUAGAUACUCAUGAUCCUUGAUCUCCCCAUGACAAAAAAUAAAAUAAAAAAUCGAGUGCCCUAGAAAUUAUGGCAUUGCCAAAUGCCAAGCGGGCGAGCGCCUUAUUUGGCUCAUGAUCAUACCCAAAUUUCAUAAUAAAUAAGAGGUCAUAAGUUUUAGGAGCGUCGGAUUUCACACUGCAAUAAUCUCGACGAUGUGCG